GUCAGAACAGGUUUGGUGGCCGCUGCGAGACACACCAGAGGUGUGCUUAUCGCGACUGUCGAAGGUGGCGCCACAAGACGGGCGAUUUCACCCAUGAAAACUGCGAAUUACACAACCAUCCCGAAUGCGCCACCGAGGGUUGCGAUCGCCGCGUGGAGGCCAAUUCCAGGUACUGUGAAAUGCAUUGCUGUCACUUCGAUAGACACUGCCAGCACCAGAGAUUUGGUGUUGCCCGUACCUGCUACCUCCACAAAUGCGCCGACGCCAAUUGCGUCGAGCCUAAGCAGACAGCAGGCCAGCCGCCGACCAUAUUUGGAAACUUGUAUCCGAUUUGGACUACGGGCCAGUUCUGCGAGAAACACACGUGCACGGUGUUUGCAUGUCAGGAGAAAAAGGGGAGAGAUCAGCUCUGUGCGGCACAUACGUGUUUAGUCCGCAACUGCAAAGGCCAAGCCAGCACCGAGUUCCCUGGCAUAGGUCUCUGUUCUGAACACCGGUGCAAAAUCGAAGACUGCAGCCAAAAGCGGGCGGCGGGAUAUUUUUGCCAGCAACACACGUGCCGGAAAACAGACUGCAAGGAACAAGCCAAGACGGAGGGGCGCGGGGCUGGAUACUGUCCUUGUCACUACCGGAAACGGCGGAAGAGGAGAAACGCAGGCGGUUGGGGUGGUAUGGCAGCUGGGCCGUACGGUAACGAAAAUGUAGGUGGGUCGGACUCCUCUGAUUCGGAUGACGGAGCUGGAUUUGGGUAUCCGCAUCUGGUGUGGUGAGACAUUGAGCUUGUGCAGGGAACUAGGGGCACAGGUGAUGCGGGACAUGGAAGAUAUUCCAGCUCUGGAAGACUAGAACUACUCGAGUCGUUGGGGAUUAUAAUGGAUAUGCAGUACUACUG